AUCCACAGAAUAUUGCUCAGUUGUGUAAAGCUCUGGAUGAARAAACAGACUUUUCAAAAGCGAAAUACAUUGAAGCUGUUGAGCUUUUCUUGUUAGAAUGCAUCGAUUCCUUUACAAGCRCUACUAAAAGGGAGGUCAACGAAUUCCGGCGUCGAUGCAAUUCAUUCUUCAUGGAGCUCAUUUCCCUCUUGUGUUUCGGAACCAAAGACAAGAAGUUCACUUUGGAUCCAGAUGUAUUUGAUAUCUUUAUGAGGUAUAUCACAGGAAGUAGUUCCUCUCAAACGAAAAGCUUCUCGCCAUUUCCUGACUUCGAAGUUGACGAGACACCUGUUGUGAGGUCGUUUUUACUGCAACAACUGCUGACAACCAGGAACAAUGACGGCGUAAAAAAGUACAUUCAGCGUUAUCUUGUCGACGCGAGGGAGCUUUCGUCUGAUGAAGACCACGUGAUUCGAGUAUGCCAGCUUACAGCUGAUUGUAUUGAGGACUCCUUUGCAGCAGAAAUGACCGAACGAAACCUUGAGCUUAAAUKGUUGAUGGCUGUUACAAAAAAAAUGAUUUCAUCGUAUGGUGAAAAACUUGCAACAAACCAAGAUUCCGAGGACCUYCAUAUCGAAGUCCUCGAAGCAAUCUCCAACAUUCGUCAUGGUUUGGGACUCAUUGCUGAGUGGCUGUUUAAAAGUCACAUGACUGAUGACGUGAGAUUUGAAGAYAUGGCUGGAUCUUUGAAUGAAGUUCUGAGUGUCGUCCAAGACCUCGUCAAACGAUUGAAACACCGAGCUCCACUUGUUUACUUGCUGAAGCAACUGGCAAGACGGUAUGGUGGACCAGUUGUCAGAGAAUUGAUUCAACAGCCAGAUUUGCUGUGGUUGAUACCGAGAGAUAUUGAGGGUUAUCAGUUUAUGGAAAGUGAUCCUGACAGAUUUAUAGCGCAUGGUGACAUAUACGCUGACGUACGUGAUGCGCUAGGUGACGGGCUCAUGUCUGGAAACUUUGAUCGCUUGUUAAGUAUAUCCGAGUUUAUGGAAAGUGAUCCUGACAGAUUUAUAGCGCAUGGUGACAUAUACGCUGACGUACGUGAUGCGCUAGGUGACGGGCUCAUGUCUGGAAACUUUGAUCGCUUGUUAAGUAUAUCCGAGGCUCAUGACAAUGUAUUGAGGAAUGAUGUGCUUUGUCUAAUGGCUGUUUAUCGGGAAAUUACUUGUGGCUACAGACAACCCAGGAACAAACUUCCUGAUCACCAAGAACUACGUGAAUUUUUAGMGCUACCAGACCACCUCUCAACAAAGGGUCGUCAACUUGCARCCAAACUGCUGGACAAUUCACAAGGCGAAGRGUUUUCAGCUCUAUCUGCRCAACCCAACCAACCACGAGCCACUGUUGACUUAGCCGAAGUGAUUGUACACACCAUGAUCAUACUACAUUGCUGUGAUGACAAUGAACUAAUCAGCACUUUGCGAUSCUURAUGGWUAAACCUGMAGCUAUGAAGGCAYAAUGCCCCGCUGGACAUCGCUACUCAAUAGGGGAUCGUGAAUUUUUAGCGCUACCAGACCACCUCUCAACAAAGGGUCGUCAACUUGCAGCCAAACUGCUGGACAAUUCACAAGGCGAAGAGUUUUCAGCUCUAUCUGCGCAACCCAACCAACCACGAGCCACUGUUGACUUAGCCGAAGUGAUUGUACACACCAUGAUCAUACUACAUUGCUGUGAUGACAAUGAACUAAUCAGCACUUUGCGAUGCUUAAUGGUUAAACCUGCAGCUAUGAAGGACUCUUUCCUUCCCACAAUGCCAGAGGAUGAUUUCGAAAAAGUUCGCAGCGGGCUUACGGAAAAAGUAACUUGGUAUGAAUGCCCCGCUGGACAUCGCUACUCAAUAGGGGAUUGUGGCCGAGCCAAUCAGGAAUCGUGUUGCCCAGAAUGCAAAUCAGGGAUCGGCGGAAAAGGGCACCAACUAUUGCCAGGCAACAAAGUAUUGACUGCUGCCCGACAGGAUCGUUCAGGUCGGGGUCAUAUCUUAGGGAAUGCUAAUCCCAACACACCAGAGRCUGGACGAGAUGGUUUGUCCCCAGCAGCUUUUCACAUUAUCCGUUUGAUAAUGCAUUCUGCUAUGCUGGUUGGGUCUUGCAGGCAUCCACAGGACAUCGCUCAGCUAUUUACACCAGCAGUCGCAGAGGACAACUUGAAUGAAUUCGUCUGGGGACAUUUGACUUGUGACUUACGAAAUUUAGCAGCAGCGUUGAAUCGUAGUGAGGACGAGGCUCUUUGGACUGUUCAUUGCGUAUUGGCACGUGUUACAGACGUUUGCGCAACAAAUCCAUCCAUGUUCUUUGCGAAUGGCGCACUCACUUCAGCUUCCAAUAGAAGACAAUGGGAAAAGGAAUUCACAGCAUCACUCAUCCAAUCUGGAGUCAGAGUGAUGUCAUUAUUUACCAUAAUCUUGAUAUUACAGAAUCUAGACAGAGAAAUCGAGACUUGCUUCAGUCUAGAGGCAGAGCGUCAACAAGUGGGAAGCGAUCGUUUGAUGAGAGAGAUUUACGAGAUUGAUACCGAACAAGCUGWACAGUUAGAUCCCAUGCAUCCAUGUUUUUGGAGAUAUCGUGGAAAGAUCACCGUUGAACAUGCAAAGCAAAUGUUUUCAGAAAAGAUGGGAUCCAACAAGAAGAGCAAGAAAUAUAAAGUCUUGAAUAAUUUCUUCAADGAGGAGCACAAACUAAGACUUGCUCGAUACAUUCCUGAUAUCUACAAGUUACAGAGAUUUCUGAUUGAUAACUGCAGUAGGCGAAUCGAUCUUAAGAAAGCUGAAGAAACGACAAUAAAAGCAUUUCAGGAAAGCUUGAAUGAUUCMAAACGAAAAGAGUUUAAGGCUUUUCUGAAAAGCUUUCGUUCUGCCUGGUCUGUAGUUUGCAGUGACUUGGAAAAGCAGAGAAAAUUCAAACUUACAAGCGAGACAUGCAGCUUGUCAAUAAGUGAUGAAACAGCGUUGUCAUACCUUUUGCCUUCAGUCGGYAAUGGUCACCAGUCUUGUACCACUGCUGUUUUAUUCUACCUGGUCAAUGCACAUAAUGAAUUCCUGGAAACAUUUUACAACAUCACAGCUGGUAGUGCGAGUAAUGUUUCAAAGAUUCCCGAUUCGGAAAUCACGAGUUCUCAGAUACUGAGYUAUGAUUCUCAGCGUGACCUUCUGCCUUUAAUCCAUGCGCAUUGCCAGUACUCGCUUGAGGUUGGUCAAGGUACUAAGGUGGACUAUGAUUGGUCUGCCAUACAGCGUCAUUUGAUUGACAGGUUGAUUCGCGGGAAAAGUUUAAUUAUUUUUAAGGAAACACAAUUUACCUUCCUAAACCAAGACGAGGCUAAAAAGUUUGGCUUGGUUCGUAAUAAGAUCCCUCAGGAAAACAUGCCCGCGACUACCGUAAAACUGAUUACCGCUGACCUUUGCCGCCUCAAUGACGUGUGUGACGUCAAACAGACUCUAGAGCUGGCUAUUGGUUUCUUGGGAUCUAGUGGGGGAGAUCAAAGACAGUCAAUCAGCGAGUACUUGGACAGCGUUCUUCGUAUUCCUCGUGWAAGAGGACUUCGGAACAAAAGAGCCGAGGAGCACUGUAAGCUGCGACAUAUCAUCCAUCUAUGGCAGAUWGUGGCGUCACAAAAAGCUAAACUUUUGCGAAAUCAGAAAGAGGAUCCUUUCCGAGAUUUGCCAGAAUGCUUCAAGGUUCCACUUCCAAAUAAUCUGAUUCUGCAGCUGAAUAAAAUUCUCAAAUCCACUGAYGUUAAUCAACUGUGUUGGGACCUGGUUGAAAUCAUCACGCUUGAAUUGAACAAUGAGAAGAGUUCAUACUCCGAUGUAAGUUUGCAAGAAUAUGUGAGUUAUUUCUGUGGAGAAGAAAAUGAGCUUGCAAACCUGGAAAUCCCUGAUGAAAUUCAGCUGAAACACAUCGUGAAUGCAUGGGAAAUAGUCAUGGAAUUACAAUCUUUUAGAUACUAGAGCAUAUAGAUCCGUAGAAGAUAACACAUAGAGCUUCGGGAAAAGUACACUUUGUYGAAUCAAAGUGGAGUCAAAUUUGAACUUUUCCCGGUAGAAAAUACCGAAUUAGGUACCUUCUUCAAAGRUGUGUUAGACCAAUUUUGAUUAAUAUUCUUUUUGAUGAAAUAUUUAAGUGUUUUCCACACACAUUUUUAUUCAGUACGAUUUCGAGCAUUCAUAAGUCACGUGACCACUGACGUGUGCACAGUGACAAAAGAUAAGAAAGACGAACUGAUAGAUCUACUUCAAAAAAUUAAAUUACACUAAAAUAAAAACAAACAUAGAUUACAAACUAAAGACUAUGGUAAAAGAUAUAAACUUUAAAAUAAAAUGAAAAAAAAAAUAAUGAAAAAAAAAAACACGAUGCACAUAACAUUAAAGUUCGACGUUUGAAGUCAAAUGUCGUAUUUUAUUAUUUUCAGUGUCCAUACUGAAAUAGGAACUGUGUCGKCACAUGUGAAAAACAACGUGUUAACCAGUCAAGAACAAAAUCUUCUCUAAAACAAUCAAAACUGAAGUGCCUCGUAUUUACAACGRUAUUAAGUUCUUGGCUGACUAGUUCUGUUCCAACUUUUUUGCUUGGAUGAUAAUUUUUAUAAGAAAAUAUUCAGUUAAAAAUUUUCAYUUUUUGUGUAUGCCAAAUGUUUAUGAAUGAAAUGAAUUCAUUUUUUUUUGUAUUGAUUCUAUUUUGCGAAGAUUAAAUUUGAAUUUAAUUA